AUGUCAAAACAAAGUUCUCUCGAUAAAUAUUUUGGAAAAAGAAAAGAAAAUAAUGAUGUUGAUAAAUCAGCAAAAAGGAAUCGUAUUGAAAAUGAAAAUAUCAUUACUCAAUCAAACGCCAUUGCAAAUGACCCCUGCGAUUUAAUCAAUGAUAGCACAACAACUGAUAUCCAAUCUAUUGAAGACAACUCUAUUAUAAGUUCGAUAUCCAUCUCCAACAACAUUGGAAAACGUUCUUACAAGUCAUCGUGUACACAGAAAUUUCCAUGGCUUCUUUACGAGUCAAAUACCGGUGGAUUUUGUCAAAUAUGCCGCAACUAUUGGAAACCUAGUACACCAUUAUUCCGGGAUAUGGAGCAAAAAACAAAAGGUGUAUUUACUUCAACUCCAUUUACUAAUCGGAAAAAGGCACUAGGUGAUAAUGGAAAAUUAAUGAAACAUUCUCGAUCAUCAUAUCAUCUAAUGGCAAUUGACAACGACAUAUUUCGACAACGAGAAGGUUCUGUCCUUAAUCAAAUAGUUUGCGAUGCAGAAUCUAUUUUUAAUUCUAUUAUAACGGAUUUACAAAAGAAAAGCAUUGAUUUAAACAAAAUUCGCUUCGUUUCAUUUGACGGCGUCGCAGUCUUCAGUGGAAUACAUAAUGGUGUUGCAGCUAGAUUUCGUGCUGCAUUCAAUAUAGCAAUAUUAUUUAUUUAUUGUCGAGCUCAUUUGUUACAACUAGCUGUAAUUUCUGCUGCUGAAGAUUCUCCUGAUAUUUCUAGAAGCUUAUCCGCACUUAAAUCAUUAGUUAAUUUUAUCAAUCGAUCAUCGGUAAGAUUAAGUUCAUUUGAAAAUAUUCAAGAUAUUUUUAGAAAUCAACAUAUUAAAUUGAUCCAACCCGGUGAUACACGUUGGCUUUCUAACUCUUUAGCUAUUCGAUCUCUUUUACAAUCGUAUCAAUUAUUAUUAAUAACACUUGAAAGUAUUUAUAAUGAAAACAAUGAAGAUAGUGCGGAAGCACUAGGUCUCUACAAUAUUUUAUCGAAUGAAGGAACUGCAUUUAUUCUCCAUGCACUUCAACCAAUAUUAGACACUUUAGCAAUUUUAUCAAAAUCCAUUCAAACAAAAGCGGCUGAUUUCAAGCAAUUACAAGAUUUUUUAACAUCAACUCUCCUUCGACUUGAACAACUUAAAGACUAUACUUCUGAUGAUUAUGUUGCUAUAAUUGAAACUAUUCAAAAAUUAUCAUUAACAUCUUCUACAAUUCGAAUUUCAAGAUCAUCAAUAUCAAAUUUAGAAUUAAAUAUCAGUGAAGUUUUUUCUACAAAAGUACUUCCAUUUAUUGAAAAUGUUAUUAAUAAUAUUCAAACUCGUUUCGAACAUAGUACUCUGAAUUUACUCAAUUGUUUUAUGAUAUUUGAUAUGGAAAAUUUGAACGAUAAUAAGGAUUAUGGUGAUGAAGAAAUACGUGCUAUUCAACAGCAUUAUGCAAGUGACAUUGAUGAAUCUGUUAUUUAUGAAUGGAAAACAUUUCGUACAUAUUUAUUAGCAAAAAGAAAUGGUGGUAAACUUAUGACCCAGAGAGAAAUUUGUAUGAAGCUCGUACAAGAUGGUAUGUUAAAGGAAAUUUAUCCGCAGUUAUCAUCAGCUGCAGAAAUGCUUCGGGUCGCACCUAUCAGUACAGCUACAGUCGAAAGAAAUUUCUCAACAAUGAAUCGAAUUCUUACGAAAUUAAGAAAUCAAUUAACAACACAACAUGUUGAUCAAUUAAUGAGAAUUUCCAUUGAAGGUGCAGAUACUUUAAAUGAAGAAACCAAAGAAGAAAUAAUUAAUUACUGGAAAAAAGUAAAACCACGUCGAUUAGCUGUUUGA